AUGGGGUCGGACAUUAAUGAUUAAAGCCAGCCGAGGCCAGACUCUUAAACCAAAGCCAUCAAUACACCUCUUUCAUUUGAAGACGUAAAUUAGUUAAAAGCCUAAAAUCGCAACAUGAACAGACUGUCCCGUCUACUCCGCCUCUGUCUCGUCUCCAUCCUCCUCCAGUGCGUCCUGUCCAUGCCGUCACGGCCACGGCGACAGAGUUUCUUCCGGUGCAGUGGCUGGGGCGCGGGCUGCACCAACAUGGACUAUGAGGGUGACACAAACACGUCCACGUACAAUCCAUCAGAGAACUCCCAGGAGAAAGAGGAGGACGGGAUGUAUGGGCCACCGUUCCUCUUCACGUCAGGAUCGUCGUGGGGUGCCAUUGGCAAGAGGAGCUGGGGCUCAACAUCCUGGCACGCUGAUCCGUAUCUGAGACGAAUGCUGCUGCCUUACGUCCUGUCAUCCAAUCACCAACAUCACAGAUGGGUGCAGAAAUUUUUUCCCGAGGAAUACAAAGCAAUUCAAAGUCAGCUGCGACGAAGAAGCAGUCUGCAAGUGGCACACAGGAAGUAACAAGUCUGAGAACAACUUCAGCCCUGAUGUUUACAGAGACAUUUAACAACAACAUCAAACACGUCAUCGCACAACUUCAGCCCUGCUGUUUACAGAGACAAUUAACAACAACAUCAAACACAUCAUCGGACAACUUCAGCCCUGAUGUUUACUGAGACAAUUAACAACAACAUCAAACACGUCAUCGGACAACUUCAGCCCUGAUGUUUACAGAGACAAUUAACAACAACAUCAAACAUGUCAUCGGACAACUUCACCCCUGAUGUUUACAGAGACAAUUAACAACAACAUCAAACCCAAACACGUGAUUGGACCAAAAAAAAUUAACAACAAACUACAUUCUUGCAUAAAUGUAACUUUUUCGUCUGAGUGCCUGGCACACAGGAAGUAACAAUUCUAGGAAUUGGAAAAUGGUUGUCCCCGUUGUUUAAAGAGUCAACAAAAACAUGAAAAACCCACACACGUCACUGGAUGAAGAAACAUGAUGACAAACUUUAGCUGACUGAAAUGAUGGAACAUUCUUGCAUAAUUGUAACAUUUUCACCUGACUGCCAUACAGGAAGUAACAAGCCUGGAAAUAAAAAAAACCUUUAUCGUUCAUGUUUUCAGAGACAACAUAAACAGCCUCAAAAUCCUAAACCAUACUUGGCAAAAAACAAAAACCCACAAUGACAAUGUUUAAACAAAUAUUCACAGACUAAAAUACAGUGAUGGAACAUUCUUGCAUAAACAGGAUAUUUUCACCUUAUUUUUGCCUGGCACACAAGAAACAACGAGUUUGAAAACAGGAAAAUUUGAAACAGGAAAAGCUAAUGAGACCAUCAUCAAAACCAAGUCACCUUAUUGGAAGAAACAACAUGUUGACAAACGUUUGAAUGAAGUUCCAGUAAUGUCCAUCAACAAAAUUAAAAACUGUGUUGUUACAUUUAUAAAGCAAACAUUUAGAAAUGAGAACACAUGCUCUCCCUACUUUUCACAGAGCCAAUCAUUAAGGUCAAACAUUUCAGCUGACAGGAAGCAAAUGCUGCUCAAAAUACACAAUAUGCUAAAUCUGACAAAAUAGUUUCACAAGUAACUUUUGUUUUUCAUCUUAUUUUUGACAGAUUUUCAGAUAUGUCAAGAAUUCCUGACAAGACUAAUGUCUAGAACUACUUUUCACUUUCUAGCAUUUGCUUUCAUCGUGAAUUGUGACCCACUCCACAAAAUGAAAUGCAAGCCUCAACAUCAAAAACCAAACACUUUCUUAGAAAUAAAAAUAUACAUUAUGCUUCACUGAAGCUUAAGUGAUGUUCAUAGAAAAAUACAGUGAUAAAAAUAAAACACUGGCAACUAAAAAUCUCAUUUUACACUGGAAUGAAUGAAUGUUUAAUGACACAAAAAUACACAUCAGCUAUUGGUUUGUUUUUUGUUUUUUGUACACUGGAAAGACAUUUUAAAGUUGAAAACAAAUUUCUAAAAAACAAAAAAUCGCCGUAGUUAUAUGACGUUGUAAGCAUGUAACACGAAAACAGGAUUUUGUAAAGUUGGCCCAAACGGUCUUAGAAUUGCUGUAGAUAUUUACUCAUGCUAAUAAAACUUUUUGAACAUCAUAUCUGAAAAUAUCGGCUUAAGCUGAUACAAAUUUCUGUCUUACAAUCAGCUCUGAACUCAUGCUGAUAAAAUGUUUUGAACAUCCAACCUGAUGAUCUUGGCUUAUGUUAAUAAAACCUUUUGAGGAAUUCAGUUGAUGAUCUUGGAUUAAGCAAUAAAACAUUUUGAACAUUCCAAAAAGAUCUUGGCUUACAUUGAUAAAACAUUUUGAACAUUCCACCAAAAUGAUCUUGAGCACAGGAUUCUCAGAAAAUGCAUGAACACAGAUCAUAAUAAUUAUCCAGACCACAAGUAAAAAAACACAACAAAAAAACCCAGCCAUCAAUAAUGCAACUCAUGCUUUUAAAACAGAUGUUGGAACACAACUUGAAGGGCAUUUUACAGUAAAUACAAAGUGUAAUGUAUAAACUCAAAUGACAAACCUUUAUGUCUAGACCACAACUUCUAGAAAAUGAUAAUAAUUUCAAUAAUUUACUCAUUCUUUUGAAACAUUUUUUGUCUAUAACAACUUUAAUUCUCCCUGUUUCUCCUAUUUACUUUUCUUUCUGUCUACCCUUCUUAAUAAAUAUUUUUAUGACUAUCAUUUCUGUCAUUUUGACUAACAAAAUAUGUAUAUGUUAAAUACACAUGUAUAGGGAAAGGCAACAGCAUAGGAAUUAGCCCGCAUUCUCCAAUCCCAAAUUGCUGUAUUAGAUUUGCAGAAAUAAAUAUUGUUUAAACCAAUUUCUAGACAACUUAUAGAUAAAA